AGUGACGCCGCCCCCACUGCCCCCUCGACCACCCAACAUGCGGAAGGUGCCCAACUAUGCGGAGGUGAUGGAACAAGGGCCGCGGGCACAGUCGGGGGUCCCCGUGCCCCUCCCGGCCCCACUGAGCCCCGAUAAAGUGGGCCACACGGCCAGCGGGCAGGAGCUGACGGAGGAUGUGAAUGUGGUGCUGGUCAACCUGGCCAAGCUGAUGGACAUCAAGGAAGAUGUGGGAAUGUGAAUUCUGCCACAAAGAGAAUUGUCUGGACUAUCGACACAACAAGGGCAGCUGCAGAGAAGACCAGGUGUAUGUACAGCUCAUGAACCCGACCAUGGUGGAGGAUGUCACCGACUCCCUCGUUGUGUUCUGUGUCGACAUCUCCGGCAGCAUGAGUGUCACGUUCGAGCAACAGAUUGGAAAGGGCGUUGGAGAAUCGCUCUACAUGUCCCGGCUACAGGCUGUGCAAGAGGCCGUGAGCCAGUCGCUGGACUACCUGCUGCAAACCUCGCCCAGGACCAGGGUGACUUUGGUCACCUUCAACAACGAGGUAACCAUUUACGGGGACGGGCUGGGAACGCCACGGACUCUGCAGGACUUUCAGCUCAUUGACCAAGAGUAUCUGAAGAACAGGGGAAUUACCGAGCCCCAGCCUCGCUGCAUCUCGGAGAGCAGAGACGCCCUGCGGCAGCGGAUACACAUGCUGCAGGAGUGCGGGUCGACUGCGCUGGGGCCGGCUGCGCUGGUGUCCAUAGCAAUGGCCUCACGGAAGCCGGGCUCCAAGGUUAUCAUUUGCACAGACAGACGGGCUAACACCAUCCUGGGUAACCUGGAGGACAUUGCAGAAGAUAAGAUUUACCAGUCCUCCAAACUGUUCUACAGCCACAUGGCAGAGUACGCCAUGAAGCAGGGGGUGAUCAUCUCAGUGUUGACCAUCGAGGGCACCGACUGCAGGCUGCUGGAGCUGGGACAGCUAGCGGAUAAAACCGGGGGCAAGGUGAACAUCACCAACCGGCCAGUCUAUACAGCGAGUUUGAACUCAUUCUGGAUGAUGAUGUGAUUGCCACAAACGUCACCCUCACCUUCAUCGCGGAGCGGGGCCUGUACUUUAAGCACGAAGACGAGGUCAGCAACAAAUGCGUGAAGCAAAUUGGAAAUGUGGUCAAAGACAUGACCACCACGUUUCAGUUUGGAAUCAAAGAGGAGGUGCGAGAGGAGCUCCAGCGGAAAGAUGCCAUCCCCUUCCAGCUGCAGCUGGGCUACCGACUCCCAGAUGGCCGCUCCGUCUACAGGAUCGUGUCUCAGGAAAGGCCCACGACCACCCAGAGGUGAGGGCAGCCGGUGCCAGGGUUGUAUCGCCCGCUACACACCGGGCACAUGGCACAAUGCUGUGGCAGUAGAGACAUCCAGAGACAUGCAAGUGGAAGCA